AUGCUUCCCAAGGCUCUUCUUCUCCUGUCAGCUGUGGGCAGCUCGCUCGCUGCAGUCGCGAUUGCACCUAGAAGGGCAGCUCAUCCUGAGGACGACCUGGAACUGGAAGUGGUGGCCGGCCCUGGCGAACAGCCACCAUUCAUUGGAGGGCCAGGACGUGGACCACCAGGACGCGGACUGGGACGCGGGCCGUUUGGCAGGCCUCCCUUCUGGAGAAAUGGGGGCUUCAGGCCGCAAAUCGUCACGGUCACUCAGAUUGAGCGGCUAUACGAGACAGGCUGGUCCACGCUCACCGUUACCGAUGAUCCUACCGACUACUUGACAGUUACAGCAGACCCAACGGUAUAUUCGACCGUCACGGCUGACCAAACAGUCACUUCUACGGUCACGGUGGACGUGGACCCAACAAUCUACGAAACUGUCCCGGUGGACGUGGACCCAACAAUCUACGAAACUGUCACGGCUUACCCAACAGUCUUUUCAACUAUUUUCCAGGAUCAGAUCGUUGUCUCGACCAUGGUCUCGGUCCAGACUGUUGUCUCGUUCGCCACCCUUAACGCGACGUUCACAUCCACGGUCACAGCCUCUGGCGGCGCAUCCGGUGCUCCUCUGUUUGGGCCUGCCAUAUCCCUCAUCACGCUCACGCUGCCCGGAACGACGGUCACGUCUGCGGGGUACACGACCACGAUCACGACCACGGCGGGCCCAAGCCCGUCGACUUCUACUAUGACUAUCACGUCUACGGUCACUGGAAACGGGACGGCCACUGCUGGCACCACGCUCAUGCCGGCGCCUGUUCCGACCUAA